CUCUCGCUCCUUCAGUCAGUUUUGCUGCUGUUGUUUUCAGAUGUGGAGAAGUUGAGCACCUUCAGUCAGAGGUUUCCUCUGCCCUCCAUGUACCGGAUACACGUGUGGAAAGUCCUGCUGGGUAUCCUGCCGCCUCACAGUGAUUCUCACGCUCUGGUGUCUCGCUAUCGUCUCGAGCAGUUUGAGGACGUCAGCGGCGCUCUGACAGCCAUGCGCUUCAUCCACGCAUCCACCCCGGCGACGGAGCUCUACCUGCGCAUGUACCAGCUGGAGAGCCGACAGCUUCCCCGCAGGAGUGAGCUCAGGCCACCGGUGAGGAGCGGAGAGGACGACGAGGAUGAAAACUUCCUGGCUAUCGGCAGAGCGAUGGAGGAGAUCGUCGAUGACCCGGUCGACUGCUAUUGGCUCAUCAGGUGUUUCGUCAACCAGUUCAAGCUCAAGUUUGGAGACUCCAUCCCUCACCUGCCGAAGAGUUUGGAGCACUUCCUGUCUCAAGAGGACGCCGCUCUUCUGGCUCAUCUGAAGACGUCUGGAGCUCUGCACUCGCUGCCGUACUGUCUCUGGUUCAGACGCUGCUUUGCUGGCUGUUUACCAGAGUCCAGCCUACAGAGGGUUUGGGAUAAAGUCAUCAGCGGCUCAUGUAAGAUCCUGGUGUUUGUUGCCGUGGAGAUUCUGCUCAGCUAUAAGAUCAUGCUGAUGGGAAUGAGUGACCCGGAUGGAGUUUACAACUUCCUGUCUAAUCUGCCGCAGGAGAACACAGACGCCAUCGUCACUAAAGCCAUCGAUCUGUGGCACAAACACUGCGGCACGCCCAUGCACUCUGUGUAAUUCAUCAUUUCUGAGUCUGACAUGUGACGGAGACUCAAAGCGCUCAGACGUGGACGACAGGAACGUCAGCUGUGUGUGUGGUCGCUCUUUUAUUAGGUUGGUUUACAUGAGAAUCUGCAUACAUCAUUCAGGAGUUACAGUACGGUUCAUGACAUGCCUCCCGCUCUCUGAGCCAAUAGCAGCAGCGGAAGAGAGAAACGCUAGCGUCUGGAAACAGAAACACAUCAAUCAUUCAAAACAUGACGACGUCUGCUCUUCUAAAUGUGUGGUCACCGAUCGGCCAAAAAUACUGUUAUUUUUACACCCUCAUGUCGUUCCAAACCUGUUCAUAUGAUUCGUAAGAUCGGAAAAAGUGCUUAAAAGUCUCUAAAAAAAUCCCUUUAAUGAGUCUCAGAAAAAAAAUAACAUGUAGGUUUGGAACAAAUGAGGGUGAU